UGUGCGCAGGCAUGAAUCCUCUGCCACGAAAAAUCUAUUCAAUAGCCGCUCUGUAGAUCAUUUUUCGGCGAAUAACGGUGACGAAUGAAAUUGUGAGAUUGCCAAGUUGUUUGUGCUAUUUGUCGUAUGUGUCUGUCGGCAAAAUCUGAUAUUGAAGGUAGAAUAAACGUACAAUAGUAUUCAAGUAGAACGAUCGCUGCACGGGACUCCACUACUCCCUUAUAAUCACGGUACAGGCUCUAUUGUAGGCAACAAAAUGGACAUGUCCAUGUUUACUGAGAAAGUUGGGGAACAGCUGAAAAUAUUUGCUCGACACUGCAUGGAUGAUCCAUCUCUUCUACACGAUCCAAAACUCUCCUUUAUCAAAGAGUUAAUAGAGCACUAUGGCGGCAAAAUACCGGAAAGCAACAAAAACGAUGAUCCAUCACUUGGCAAAUGUGAAGCUGAGAUCAAAUCUGAAGAACCUCAGCCUAAAGCUGAACCUGAAUCCGAGAGUGAGGAGAGUGAUCUGGAGCUAGACAUGUCUGGUGUAAUUGAACCAGAUCAAGAUUCUCCUCAAAAAAUGGGUAAUCCGAUUUUACAACCUACGGAAGAGGAAAUUGCGAAAUCGCAGGUCGAGAGAUCAGAAGCAGUAUCCGCAUUUGUGGAAAAAGAUUAUGAGAAAGCGAUAGAGCUUUAUACAAAAGCGAUUGUAUUGAAUCCACAAGCAGCAUUGCUGUAUGCUAAACGCGGGCAAAUCUUUCUUCUUUUAAACAAGCCAAACGCUUGCAUCCGUGAUUGUGAACGCGCUCUCGAAUUAAAUCCAGACAGUGCAGCAGCUCACAAAUUUCGAGGAAGGGCUUAUCAUUUGCUUGGAAAAUUUGAGGAAGCAGCAAACGAUCUCAGAUUAGCUUGCAAGUUUGACUUUGAUGAACAAGCUGACGAGUGGCUGCGCGAAACAACACCAAACGCGCGAAAGAUAGAGGAACAUAAGAGGAAAAAAGAAAGAAGGGCGCAAGAAAAAUUGGAACGUGACAGGCAGGAAAAGUUACAAAAAGCACGAGAGGCUGCUAAAGCGCGCGAGGAAAAUACGCGAACCUCUCAGACGGACCCGGGAGGCGCCUCCUCUGGCAUCGGAGAUUUCUAUCAAUUCCUCAACGAUCCUGAGGUCCUUCAAGCCUUCCAGGAUCCGGAAGUGGCCGAAGCUUUCAGGGAGAUCUCCAGAAACCCAACGAAUAUCCUGAAAUACCAGAGUAAUCCAAAGAUAAUGGCCCUUAUCAACAAGAUGGCCUCGAAAUUCGGCGGUGCUGGCGGUAUGCCUGGCGGCUUCCCCGGUAUGAUGGGCGGCAUGCCCGGCGGUUUUCCUGGCGCAGGGGGACAUCCUAACCCGCCGAAGCCGGCUCCUCCUCAGGACGACGUUGGUCUUGAUUAAUCGGCAUGUAUUCGUCAUUUCACCGUCUUCUGUGCAACGGAAAACGUACGAUUGGUUGAUUUGGUCAAACAGCGAUUUCAUAUACUCGUGAAUUAACCGUAAGAUGCGUCGGUAAGAUCCUACACCUUUUUCCGCUUCAAUUCCUCUGGAUAAUCUUGGCCCGUUACUUUAGACUGCUUAAGUGUAGAAUACUCUUGACAAUAUUUUUCCUUCAUUUUGUUGCUUGCGAUUCACUUGUGAAUCAGGAUAAACGCAUCUUAGGGUUGACGGAAAAUUUCAUUUCGGUGAGAAACUGGCAUCUCAAACAGAUAAAAAAAUGCUACUGUUUGUUUAUAUUUCUCACUGUAUGUACAGAGAAAUAAAUAAAUACACAUACACACACACACGUAUACACACGUAAAUAUUACAUCAGCGAAAAUGUAUCUCAAAAAAAAAAAGAAAAAACAUUUAUUGUAAAUCUCAAUAUAGUUUAUUAUACAUUACAGAGCAUAAUUCGUUUUUUUUUGUUUUUUUUUUAUUUUUAAGACGGACUUUGUUGCAUGAAUUACGCUUUAUUACCUUAAUGUCCUCAUCGCGAAACGAAAAGGUUCUCGGGCAGAAGUAUUAUCGAAUAUCGUUUUUAAAUAAUGCCACAAGCAAAUAUGUUCGAUUUAUAAAAUUGUGAUUCCUACAACAGAUGUAAAUAUUCCUCAUUAACUGGCCUUUAAUCAGCGAUUACUUCCGAUGUUUAUUAUCUCAGACGCUAAUAUCUCAGACUGUAAUUUAAAAUAUAUGGCCUCAUAGAGAUCCUAAGAGUUUGUCAACUAUGAGAAUCAAAAAAUGGAUAAUUUCAUAGAAGAAACAGUUUUAAAAUUUUGAUAUUUAUAUCGAAAUACAUACACGCACACAUACACACACAUUACAUUAAACCCUAUUCUUAGAAUCGAUUAUUUUGAUAUCGUUUGGAGGAGUACCCUAUUUAAGUGAGGAAAACUUGAAUUGAUCAAGCAUUUCACUCUUUCUUAAAGCAGGCUUCGCUACUUUUCAUAUUGAAUAAUUCGUCCGAGAAAUGUAAUGUUGUUUCAUUUUAAGAUGGAUAUAAACUGCCACGUUGAGUAUUCAUGAGAUAUUCGCGAAUUAUACGACCUAAUAUUCCACAAGAGAGUUCAGAAGUAACAGAACUCCAUUUAUCAGAACAAUAAGCAUUUUACUACAAUUUCCAAUCGUAAAAUACAUCAAUUGAACAGUCCGUUUUUCUUAUAUGAAAUAUCAAAAUUAUCGAAGACGGUGUACUUUUUUGUCGAUGAUAUAUCCUAGAAUUAAUGAUUAAAAUAUAAAGAUGAAUUUACAAAGGAAUUUACUUUUAAAUAUAUAGUUUUUAGGAUUUUCGGAAAAUUUCUCAACGAUAAUAACGUGUACAGUCCCUGGCCAUAUUAUUAGACGCACUUUGAUUCUUUAAUGGAAUACAGAUUAGAAGAAGAAAAGCUACAAAUUUUAUUUUUACUCGAUUAGAAUCAUUUUCAGUGUCAAUCAGCGCUCUUACUUUCUGAGGUGUCACAUCAUUUCACUUUCAUAGAAUACCUUUCAUAGAAUAAUGGUUCCUUAAUAUAAUUCGAUCGAUAGAUGAGCCGUAUUAUAAAGCUGGCCCUCAGAAAUCAAUGAAAUGUAAAAUAUUAUGGUAUAUCUAAUAACAUGGCCAGAGACUGUAAAUUUACCACUUGCAUGUUAUCAGUAAUGUCAGUUUAUGAGUGUCAGUGAAGAAAAUUUUUAUUAAGCAAUUUUGUUUCGUCGAUAAUUAUCCCAAUAGUCUUUCCUUUUGUCUGCCUCGUUCCGCUAUAAAUCCGUAUAAAAUAUUUGCAAUAAAUAUGUACAAAAAUA